UGACGUGUUCACUCACCCAGUCCAGUGUUAGCCGAACAGCUAACUCGGCUAAGUUACCUGUAAGAUCACAGCUGUCCUGGAAAAUAAAGUUAUAAAUCACAAAGUACACGACACAACGCACGAUAUCGAGCCAUGGAGACGCUUUAUCACCAAACUAAUAAACAAAUUCAGGAGGUCCAGUCACUGAUGGGCAACCUGGAGAGAACAGACCGAGAGUCAGUGCACUUAUUAGAAAAUGAGCUGUUUGGAAGAAUCGAGCAGAUCUUCAAUCAGUUAGAACGUCUUGAGAUCCUCGCCAGCAAAGAGCCACCAAACCGCCGGCAGAAUGCUAAAUUACGAGUGGACCAGCUUAAAUAUGACACUCAGCAUAUUCGUACUGCUUUGCAAAAUUUCCAACACAGACGAUACACCAGAGAAGCCCAAGAGCGAGAGCGAGAGGAGCUGAUGAGCCGAACCUUCACAACCAAUGAUGCCGAUACUUCCAUACCCAUAGAUGAGACUCUACAGUUAAACUCAAGCUUGCACAACGCACACCGAGGCAUGGAUGAUCUGUUGGGCAGUGGCAGCGGCAUCCUUAAUGGACUAAGAGAUCAGAGGGGCACACUCAAGGGAACUCAUAAGAAGAUGUUGGAUGUGGCAAACAUGUUGGGCCUUUCAAAUACAGUGAUGAGGCUUAUAGAGCGGAGGGCUACUCAAGAUAAGUUCAUCAUGAUUGGAGGGAUGCUGGCGACCUGUGUCUUUAUGUUCUUAGUGAUCAGAUACCUCGGCUGAUCAACCCUCUACUGGACAAGUGUGGGAAUACAUCAUGGACUUUGUAUUUUUGUCAUCCCUAAUUAAUAUGAAAAUUGGCAAAGAUAAAAUGUGUAAUUGCCUCAAUGCCAUUGCAGUUUUUGUAUCACCAGUAACAUACUUCAUAGAUCUUAAUAGCAAAUAUUUAAGCCCAUAGAAAGUCACUGCCAUACACGCAUGCUUUUCUAAGGCCUCUUGAUGAUGAAAAUAGCGUU